AGAGCCACAGCAACCAAAGCUGGAAGGUGUGGAGGUCUGAGCUCAGCUGACUGGUGAAAACACACAGGUGUGAUCAGCAGAGAUGGAUUCGAUCACUGACCUGAGGACAGCACACACUGAGGAGGAGCUCAAGAUGUUCCAGUGUCUGAAAGACGGAGGAUAUGAACUGCAGAAUCAUCAGAUGGUGACAGACGUGGAGAAUAACAUCACAGUGAACGCUGAACAUCCUCUGGAGAACACGGUGCUGAUCAUCCAGCAGGACUGGCGGGACUUUCUGCAGACACAGGAUAUCCUGGAGAAGAGAAGCCCCUCCCCUCCCUCUCUGUCCUCAGACAAGAUGAUGAGCCUGUCAAUCAGCAUGAACACCCUAUCAGACGGCAGCACUCCUGAUUACCGGGAGGAUGGCAUGGAUCUGGGCAGCGAUACUUCCAGUCGCUCCAGCUCGGAGUCCAACUCCAACAAGGUGACGCCAUGCUCCGAGUACAAGUCCUCUCCCAGUCUGGAGCUGGCAGGAUUGGAGGACUAUGAGGAGGACGAGGACUACCAGCAGUACAAGAAGAGGGUGCUGGUGGACUGGGACCGAGAGUACGGCGGGAACUAUGCAGACACCCAGAACGAGGACUUUAGCCAGACCGGACUGUUCCAGGAGUCUGUUAACAGCCGCAGUUUGGCAGAGGAGCUGGCGCCCGCUGCUGCUAUGCCCGGUGGACACCCCGCCACCUCUGAACCUGAGGAAAUAAGGCAGAAUGGAAACUCCGUCACACCCUACGGACUUCCCCUGUCGCCCUGUGAGGCUAAGACUUUAGGCAAGCCUAGUCACGGGAUUGGCGUCUCCGGACGGGACUCCGGAGAGGUUGGGGGUGGACGGUACAGAGAUGAAUGUGUGGAGGAAAGCCAGCUGCCAGCCAUGGACUGGGCUGCUCUGGAGAGACAUUUGGCAGGCCUGCAGUUCAGAGAGCAGCAGAACCACAACCACGGCCUGAUGCGCACCAACUCCACCAAUGCCCAGAAGAAUGAGCGUGAGUCUAUCCGGCAGAAGUUGGCUCUGGGCAGUUUCUUUGACGAUGGUCCGGGGAUCUACAGCAGCUGCAGCAAGAGCGGCAAACCCAGCCUCUCCUCACGGCUUCAGAGUGGGAUGAACCUGCAGAUCUGCUUCGUCAAUGACAGCGGCAGCGAUAAAGACAGCGAUGCGGACGACAGCAAGACGGAGACCAGCCUGGACACACCGCUCUCACCCAUGAGCAAGCAGAGCUCGUCGUACUCGGACAGAGACACCACAGAAGAUGACUCUGAGUCUCUGGAGGACAUGGAUUUCUUGAGUCGGCAGAAGAAACUGCAGGCCGAGGCCAAGAUGGCGCUCGCUAUGGCCAAACCCAUGGCCAAGAUGCAGGUGGAGGUGGAGAAACAGAACCGCAAGAAGUCACCUGUGGCAGACCUGCUUCCGCACAUGCCGCACAUCAGUGAGUGUCUGAUGAAGAGGAGUUUGAAGCCCACAGACCUCAGAGACAUGACCCUCGGACAGCUACAGGUCAUUGUCAAUGAUCUGCACUCACAGAUCGAGGGUCUAAAUGAAGAGCUGGUGCAGCUGCUGCUGAUGCGAGAUGAGCUUCACAUGGAGCAGGACGCCAUGUUAGUGGACAUCGAGGAUUUGACCAGGCAUGCUCAGAGCCAGCAGAAACACAUGGCGGAGAAAACGCCCUCCAAAUGAAUUCGCACAUCGGCCACUGCAUCAGUAUAGAGACAGACACCUUUCCUUUGCUUCUGUGGUUCAUGACUGCUGACGAUCACUCACUUCUUCACAAACUAAACCGAGAAGAGAAUCCAGGAGCUUUCAGAGACCGAUGGGAUGUCCUGGAUGCUGCAGUGAUCAGCCUUCGCUUCCUCAUAGAUCUUUUACGUUUGCCACUAAAUUAUAACUGUCAAAACAAAAAAAAUGGUGUAAAAGCACCUCAUCAAGAAGUCCAGCGCUGUCUCACGAUAAUUCGUAACCUUUUGAUUCAGUGGCUGAUUUGUAUGAUUUCAUUCGGCCAAUUUAGUGCGGUUUGCUCAUCCUCCAAGGGACCCUUUUCAUGUUUGCGUGUUUCUCAGCAGCAGAAGUGGUCAUAGUUGGUAAACUCAGAGCGCAGUGACUGGGAGAGUACAACAAAUCAUUAUUUUACAAACCUAUUUGCUGAAAUAUUAACAGAAAAACUCCAUAAUGGUGUUAUCAAGACUUUCAGAAAGAGGAAAACAAUAGUGUGAGACUGAUAACAGCAGCCAGAAGAGAGAAUAAUGGCAGAUUUACUGUCCUGCCACCGUAGACACUGCUUUAGACAGCUCACACACUAGUGGUCAUUCGUUUAUUGUAGUUUGAUGCAAAGAUGAUAUAAUACAUACAUAUCAAUGUUCAUCAACAAGUGAGGUUUAUUCAUAAACUAAUUUCAAGAGGAUCACGUGCUUAUGAUUUAUCACAGCCGGUCACGUAUUAAGCUAAUCAGUAUCAUCCAAUCAUAUGAGCCAUAAGCUACUAUAAAUAACCACAGUUUUCAAUCCACUUUAUCUUCGCUUGGAAGAAACCCCCCUUCCUCCCCGUUCUCCUGCUUAACUAUAGAUUGGGCGGCACGGAGGCCCAGUGGUUAGCACUGUUAGCCCCACAGCAAGAACACUGCCAGCUCUGGUCCUGCCAGGUCGGUAGGUGCUUCUGUGAGGAGUUUGUAUAUUCUCCCCGUGUCCGCGUGGGUUUUCCCCGGGUUCUCCGGUUUCCUCCCACCAUCCAAAUAUAUACAUCAUGCAUAACAGUCAAGAAUUUGUCUAGCCCCCUUUUUUCCUCACGUGUUCCCUUAGCUACUGCAGACGGGGAGUUCUGAGAUCCACCGAGCUCAGGCUCCCCUCUCGCUCUGCAAACCGGAGGAAGCCCCGGGCUCGAGGAUCCCUUGAGCUCGGGGCUCUCUCCCGGGACAGCAUGCCAAACAAGCUAUUGAUGAAUCAUCGGCUAAGUGUGAACUCUUGAAAUAUUCUAAAUACUAAAACUUGCAAGCAUUUAAGAUGCUGAUGACCUUAAAACACGUCAUAACAUUCUUGGGGAAAGGGUGCAUUACUCGUCCAAUUUAGCGCGAUUUGCUCAUCCACCAAUGACGGUUGGGUUUAGAAGCUGGGUUUGGUGCCACAUCUCCUUUUUUUGGACAAAUUUUCUGUGGUUAAACUCAUAUGAAUUCAUACGCAUUAGCCACUAAACUGACAGAAUGUAAAAUAGUUACGUUUCCUCGUGAGAUCGGGCUGGAAACUCAAGUUAAAACAGAAAAAAUACAAAUAAAAAAAGAAGAGUCUUUGAACAAGCCGUGAAUUACCUGUUGAAAUGUUGGACAGUAUUUUAAAAAAAAAAGAAAAAACUCUUUCUGAUCAGCACAAAUGGAGGUUUUGCGAGGGAACGAGUGUGUUUUUUCGAAGGUGCUAAAGAGGAGACAUGCCUGCCUUGUAGUCGACUUGUAGCUUUUGGUAACUUGGUUCACUGCGACUGGUAUUCAACAUUUUGUGAAUGUUGAUUCUGACACGAGUCAAUCGAAUAAGUGUGUUAAUAUCAUUUUCAUUCUAUCGUAUUCAGAUUCUUUAUUUGAGGGAGAUGCUUAUGUACAGAUAUGUAUAAAAUAAGACGAAUAAAACUUUGUUUCAUA